GUUAACGGAGCGGACACGCCGCUGCUCCGUCUGUCGUGUGUCGGUAACCGACAUGCAGCUUCGUUUCUGCUGAGUUCUCUUCUCCUCCGUGAUGAGUCAACGGGAGAAGAAACGCGUGAUGGAAUAGGUUUUCUUUAAGAUGAGAUUAAUCUGGCCGACAGCAGACGAGAGGAGCGAACAAGUGUUGGAGGAAAGCUAACCCACGAAUGGCCUGCCAGUCUGUCGCUGCAGUCAUGGACGAGCAGGCCCUGCUGGGGCUCAACCCGAACGCCGACGCCCGCUACAGGCAGCGGGCCAUGGCUUACUUUGAGCAGCUGAAGGAGUCUCAGGAUGCCUGGGAGGUUUGUGCAGAGGCGCUCGCUAAAGGGAUUUAUAAUGACGACCAUGUGAAGUUCUUCUGCUUCCAAGUUUUGGAGCAUCAGAUAAAGUUCAGGCACGCCGGCCUGAGUGGAGUUCAGCAGCAGCUCAUCAGAGAGACGCUGAUGAAGUGGCUCCAGUGUCAGCUGAUGAACGCUCACCCCGAGAAGCCGUUCAUCAGGAACAAGGCGGCCCAGGUGUUCGCCCUCACCUUCGUCAUGGAGUAUCUGACUCUGUGGCCCAAGUUCUUCUUCGACGUGCUGUCUCUGGUGGGUCUGAACCCGCACGGCGUCGACAUCUACCUGAGGACGCUGAUGGCCAUCGACGCCGAGGUGGUGGACCGAGACAUCCUGCACCCGCCUGAGGCAACUCGUAGAAACACUCUGAUCAAAGACGGGAUGAGGGAGCAGUGCAUCCCUCACCUGGUGGAGUCGUGGUUUCAGAUCCUGCAGACGUACCAGCAGUCCCACCCGGAGCUCACCUGUCAGUGUCUGGAGGUGGUGGGCGCCUACGUCAGCUGGAUCGACCUCAACCUCAUCGCCAACGACCGGUUUGUGAACCUGCUGCUGAGUCAGAUGUCUGUGGAGGAGCUCCGUGAGGAGGCGUGCGACUGCCUCUUUGAAAUCGUGAACAAAGGGAUGGACCCGGUGGAUAAAACCAAGCUGGUGGAGUCUCUGUGUCGGGUUCUGCAGUCUGCAGGAUUCUUCAACGUGGAACAGGAGGAGGACGUGGACUUCCUGGCCAAGUUUUCCCGCCUGGUGAACGGGAUGGGUCAGAGUCUGGUGCUGAGCUGGACCAAGCUGUCCAAGACGGGGAACGUGAAGGAGACGGCGGAGACGCUGCAGGCCGUGGAGGCCAAAGUGCCUCUGAUGCUGCAGCUGCUGGUGCACGAGGACGACGACAUCUCAGCCAACAUCGUCAGCUUCUGCUACGAGUACCUGCACGUCCUCAAACAGCUCCCUCAGCUGACGGACCAGCAGAAAACCAGCAUCGAGGCGAUCAUGCUCGCCGUCAUGAAGAAGCUGACGUACGACGACGAGUACAACUUUGAAAACGAGGGCGAAGACGAGGCGAUGUUUGUGGAGUACAGGAAGCAGCUGAAGAUGCUGCUGGAUCGUCUGGCGCAGGUUUCCCCCGAGCUGCUGCUGGAGGCCGUGCGGCGAGUCUUCAACAACAGCAUGCAGAGCUGGCAGACGGCUCCGUUCAUGGAGGUGGAGGUCGCCAUCCGGCUGCUCUACAUGCUCGGCGAGGCUCUGCCGGCGUCGCACGGCGCUCAUUUCUCCGGAGACACGGCGAAGACGAGCGCGCUGCAGGACAUGAUGAGGACGCUGGUGGCGUGCGGCGUCAGCGGGUAUCAGCACAGCUCGGUGUCUCUGGAGUUCUUCGAGACGGUCGUCCGAUACGAUAAGUUCUUCCUGGUGGAGCCGCAGCACAUCCCCAACGUCCUGAUGGCGUUUCUGGACCACAGAGGACUGAGACACAACAGCCCGAAGGUCCGCAGCAGAGUGGCAUACCUGUUCUCCAGAUUCGUCAAAACUCUGCAUAAACACAUGAAUGCCUUCAUCGAGGACAUCCUGACCCGGAUCCAGGACCUGCUGGAGCUCGCUCCUCCGGAGAACGGUUUCCCGGCGAUGCUGACCAGCGACGACCAGCUGUUCAUGUUCGAGACGGCGGGCGUGCUGAUCGUGAACGGAGAGAGUCCCGUGGAGAGGAAACAGGCGCUGAUGAGGAGUCUGCUGCUUCCUCUCAUGGACGCCUUCCGCCUGCUGCUCGCCAAAAUGCAGCAGGAGACGGAGGAGGAGAGGCAGACGGUGCUCGGCGACUGUCUGAGCCACGCCAUCGGAUUCGCCAGUCGGACCAGCAAGGCGUUCAGCAACAAGCAGACGGUGAAGCAGUGCGGCUGCACCGAGGUCUACAGAGACUGCCUGCAGACCUUCCUGCCCGCGCUGAGCUGUCCCGUCCAGCGGGGGGUGCUGCGGAGCUCUGUGCGCUCCUUCCUGCACAGGAUGAUCAUCUGCAUGGAGGAGGAGGUGCUGCCCUUCAUCCCCGCCGCCUCCGAGCACAUGCUGAAGGACUGCGAGGCCAAAGACCUGCAGGAGUUCAUCCCGCUCAUCAGCCAGAUCACCGCCAAGUUCAAGCGGCAGGUGUCCCCCUUCCUGCAGCAGGUCUUCAUGCCGCUCGUCCUCGCCAUCUUCGAGGUGCUGGGCCGGCCGGCGGAGGAGAACGACCAGGCGGCGGCUCUGGAGAAACAGAUGCUGAGGAGGAGCUACUUCACCUUCAUCCAGACGAUCACAGGGAGCGGGAUGAACGAGGUCAUGGCCAAUCAGGUGGCGGAGAAUAUCGAGCGAGUCGUCUUCACCAUCAUCCAGGGAGCCGUGGACUUCCCCGACCCCGUCGCUCAGAAAACCUGCUUCAUCGUCCUCUCCAAGCUGGUGGAGCUGUGGGGAGGAAAAGACGGCAUGGUGGGUUUCCCCGACUUCAUCUACAAACACAUCGUGCCCGCGUGUUUCCUCGCUCCUCUCAAACCGACGUUCGACCUCUCAGACGCUCAGACCGUCCUGACGCUGUCGGAGUGCGCCGUCACUCUGAAGAUGAUUCAUCUCAAACGGGGGCCGGAGUUCAUUCAGUUCCUGCAGCACGAAUAUCUACCUUCACUCCAGGUGUCUCCAGAAAUCUCACAGGAGCUUUGUCAAGUUGUUCAGCAGCCGGAUAUCAAAGUCCUGAAAAACUACAUAAAGGCGUUCUUCCAGCGAGCGAAGCUGUAGGGAAUAAAAAACUGGAAGUUCUCUUUGGACU